UUCAAGGAACCGGGGUAGGGGGGAUAUGGGAGGAGUUUGAGGUCCAGGUGGUCGAGCCUGCGUAAAAACGCACCAAACGUGCGCCAAAGAGUUACGAAACGAAUAGUAAGCGUCAUUAAAAAAAAAAAAAAAAGCUCGAACCUUCCAGCUCCUGGCAUCUCUAUGAAUGAAUAAACUGUUUGGGAGAAAACCUCCUCUCGCUGCUGCAGAAAUCACCAAAACAGCAGAACGCGGUGCGCCGGUGCGUCGCUGCGAUCUCUCCACUAAACAGACCAAACUGCUCGGGAAGAAACUUGAGAUUUUUUGGGGGGUGAAGUUGACAACUUUUUUCAAAAGACCAAGACGGCUUGUUUGAACGACAAGUGGAGUUAUGUUUAAGAAAAGCAAGAGUAAAGUGCUGGUGGAUUAUGCGUCAGAAGAAGACGACAUGUCCUGGCACUAUCAUCACUCCUACAAGGACAAAGACAUAGAAGGAGAGGAAGAGGAGGAGGAAGCCGUCACAGCAGUGUCCAAGGAGGCCAAGGUGAAGAAGAUCAUGUCCAAGAAAGAGAGGCGGGAGAAGAAGAUGUUCUCCUCCAAAGACGAUGAGCACUUCUUAUUGACCGGAGUCAAGCUGGCUGACCGCAGAGGGUCUCACAAGAAAAUCAAGGAUGAUGAGAAGGAGAAAGAAAAGAAGGACAAGCCAGAGAAGGGCCUCUGUUUUUGGGAAAGUGUUACCAUGACAAUGAGGCAAAUCUCACCCACCAAAAAACUGGAGAAGAUGGAGGGCUGGGAGCCGCCUCACCUCAACAACUUAAAUGAGACUAUGACUGACGAAGCUCCAGAGGACAAGAGCCAGAAAGGGGACUCACCGGUGUCUUUCCCCGACUCUUUAGGCCUCCCGUUGGAAUUGGCCUCCUGGGCGGGCCGGGGUCUGGAAGAGGACUCCUCCCGCUAUGCUAACCUGUCGGAUUCCACGGCUGCCGUCAGGUGGACAGCCCGUGCCAAAGUCAAGCUGGCCGGCAUCAGUAGGAUGAGCAGAGGGAUUGUGUCAGAGAGCGCGUGGGAGGGGUUUAAAUAGUACUCAUUUUUACCUUUGAUACAUCCUUCCUCACCUGUAUACCACCAAUAAAGAGGAUGAAGACCUGAACCAAAUAUCUACUUGUCUCCGUAGUCUAGAUCUGGACAAAACCAGUGUUAAUGUUAACUGGUAUUGAGAUGCUGUAGUGUAGCCCUGAACGUAACACAAGAAGUUUGUCCGUAUUAUUUUAGCUUGAAGACAAGAUAUGUCAGUUUUUUCCUUGGGCUUUUUAGUCAGGACUGCCAGUUUGGUAAAGCAGGGUUGCCAGUUUGACUCACUGACAUAAACUAUAAAUUACAAGAAAUGAAAGCCUUACACUACUGUACCAACUGUGAUAUCCACUGGUCUGGCAUUUAGAUGUUUUAUAUUGCCAAGAAAUUUGUGAAAUGUAUUUGUGGCUGUUGAUAUAUGCAAACCUGCUACUGAAGACUUUAUCAUGCAAAAAAUGGGUUUCACUUCAUUUAUGUCUAUGCAGUUACAGCAUCUGAGCAAAGAAUGUGAGUCUGAAACCUUAACUUAAACAUCGAUAAUGGGCUUAAAACUCUUGCAAAAUACUUCUAGGAUCUGGAAUACUGGUGUGUAUACAGUGUGUGUUUGUGUGUGUGUGUGUCUGAGAGAGAGAGAGAGAGAGAGAGGAGGUGAGUUUGUGGGUGGACAUGCACACACAUUUGUUAUAGUGAAUCUCUGUUAGCAUCGUAAAAGAGAUUUGAAAAGGUGUCUGAAGUGCUGCUGUUGUACUGGGAGUAACUGUGGGGUAAAAAAACAUCAUGAACAUUUGUGUGGUUACAAGAAUCAAGGAAACCCUCUCAGCAUCAUUGAUUGGUGCAUAUUUUAAUCUUAUGCUGAAUGAUAUUUAUAAUUUUGCCGAUGAAAAGAUAAAAGCCAAACUCUGUGUAUACUGAAACCGUUUCUCUAGAAAAGCGGUGACACCGUGCACCUGUUAAGUGCCUUGUAUUGAUUGAAUGACAUCAUGUAUUUGCUGUAAAUUUGAACUAGAAAGAACCACAAACCUGCAGUGCUUAUUACAAUGUCUAUGCUGGUGCAUGUGGGUCAAUCCAGUAUGCACCUCUGCUACACCAGCCACUAAUACAAAUGGUGUUAGUUCACCAGCAGGAGCAAGUGUUUGAUUCAACUUGAUUUAUGAAAAGCUGGUCAGUUCAGCUGUGUUUGCAUAUCUGUAUAUUGUAUAGGAUUGAGACAAUGAAGACUAAUUUCAUUUCUACAAUUAUUUUCUUUUAGGUGAAUAAGAAAAUUGUUAAACAUUAAUUCCACUGGUCAUAGCUUCUCUCUUCUUGUCUUUGUUUUUAUCUGUUUGCUGAAUUUGUUUGAUAUUGAUUUCUGCUUCAUCGCAGCCAGGAGUGUACUCAGGUACAGGUCCGCUGCCAAGGAUGCCUGUAUCCUGUAUUUAUUCUCUAAAAGGCUGGGCCACAUUUUCCCAAACAGAAUAAAGAUUUACUCUGA